GUUAUUAAAUUUCAUUCCUUCGCAUACCUAGUCCUGGCACCACCUACAAAAUGGUUUUGGUUUUAUACAUGUAAUACACAAACCGCGUGACAUUUUUAAUUCCACACUCUCUCUCUCCAUCAAUUCCUUGCUUGAUUGCUUGGCAUGGUUGCGCGGUCAAUGUCCAACCCGUCCCCAAUUCGAAUCCUCUUCUUCCUCUGUGCUGCUGCUGCUCACAGACCCAGGCCAAGUCGUCUCAGUCCUCUUCUACCACCAAGCUCCCGUCUCUUCCCCUCCUGGUCUCAGCGACUCCAUCCUCUCCCUCUCCAGAUCCCCGCCCGUGACGCCGCCGGCUGUUACCUCUCCGGCUCAUCGUCCUCAGGCCCAGGUCUUGAUCCGCGAUCCGCCGAUUUCCAUCCGGCGCUUACUCGGUGUCCCGUCACCUGCGGGUUUUGCUGUGCGGGGAGGCUGAUCCGGCGAGCGCCUUGGAUGAAUUCGCGCCGGUCUCGGUCGGUGAAGCUGGUGUCAGCGCGCGCCAACGGGGACGGGGCCCUGGAGGUGGACGUACCUGAGGAAGAGGGAGACGCGCGGAUGAGCUCCUCGGCCGCCAACACCGUGUACUGCUGCAUCGCCAGGGGCCGGAGCGUGAUCUACCGGUACAGCAGCAAGGGCGGCGACCCGCAGGCGGAGGCCACGGCGGCGCUCUGCCUGGACCGGUCGCCGCCGCACCACCGGCAUUACGUGCACACCUCCGGGCGCAGGAGCUACGGGUACCUGACGGCCGACGGCCACACCUUCUUCGCCAUCAUCGACCCCAGCGUCGGCAGCGCCGGCGCGCUGCAGUUCCUGGAGCGCGUCCGCGACGCGUUCCGGAGCAGCGCAGGCGUCGGCGGGCGCCAGCCGCACGAGUCGCUGGUGCCGGCCGUGCAGCGGCUGGUGGCGUCGCUGGAGAAGAUGCCCCACGCCGCGUUCGUGCUCGAUGGCGCGGGCGCGGGCGCGGGCGACGGCGACGGCUGCACGUCGUCGUCCAAGGCGCCCCUGCUCGGGAAGAGCGGGAGCAGGAAGGAGAAGCGGCGGUCCAGGGACAAGCUGUCGUCGUCGGCGGCGGGGGCGGGGGCGGGAGGCUGUGAGGACGAGCACCACGGGACCCGAGCGGUGAGGAUAGACGUGAUGCCGGCCGAGGACGUCGGCGGCAUGUCGCUGGAGCGCAGCGGCAGCCAGUCCAGGCUGCGGAGGCAGCAGUCGUCGCGGUCGCUGUGGAUGCGGCACGUGAAGGUCAUCGUCGCCGUGGACGCCGUCGUCUGCCUCGUGCUGUUGGCGGCCUGGCUGGCGGUGUGCAAGGGGUUCCAGUGUGUGUCCGGGUGAUGGUGGUCAGUCGUGUACAGUGUUUUGAGGAGACCUGAGGAUGGAUUCAAUGCAAAUUGCCUAUUUCGAUUGAUUGAUCAG